AUGGACCGGUUGGACCAACUGACGUGUUGGUCCUAUGGACCGGUUGGACCAACUUGCCUGUUGGUCCUAUGGACCGGUUGGACCAACUGGCAUGUUGGUCCUAUGGACCGGUUGGACCAACAGGCCUGUUGGUCCUAUGGACCGGCUGGACCAACAGGCCUGUUGGCCGAAUGGACCGGCUGGACCAACUGGCCUGUUGGCCGAAUGGACCGGUUGGACCAACUGGCCUGUUGGCCGAAUGGACCGGUUGGACCAACUGGCCUGUUGGUCCUAUGGACCGGUUGGACCAACUGGCAUGUUGAUCCUAUGGACCGGUUGGACCAACUGGCCUGUUGGUCCUAUGGACCGGUUGGACCAACUGGCAUGUUGUUCCAAUGGACCUGUUGGACCAACUUGCGUGUUGGUCCUAUGGACCGGUUGGACCAACUUGCCUGUUGGUCCUAUGGACCGGUUGGACCAACUGGCCUGUUGGUCCUAUGGACCGGUUGGACCAACUGGCCUGUUGGUCCUAUGGACCGGUUGGACCAACUGGCCUGUUGGUCCUAUGGACCGGUUGGACCAACUGGCCUGUUGGUCCUAUGGACCGGUUGGACCAACUGGCCUGUUGGUCCUAUCGACCGAUUGGACCAACUGGCCUGUUGGUCCUAUGGACCGGUUGGACCAACUGGCCUGUUGGUCCUAUGGACCGGUUUGACCAACUGGCCUGUUGGUCCUAUGGACCGAUUGGACCAACUGGCCUGUUGGUCCUAUGGACCGAUUGGACCAAUUGGCCUGUUGGCCGAAUGGACCGGUUGGACCAACUGGCCUGUUGGUCCUAUGGACCGGUGGACCAACUGGCCUGUUGGUCCUAUGGACCGGUUGGACCAACUGGCAUGUUGGUCCUAUGGACCGAUUGAACCAACUGGCCUUUUGGUCCUAUGGACCGGUUGGACCAACAGGCCUGUUGGUCCUAUGGACCGGUUGGACCAACUGGCCUGCUGGUCCUAUGGACCGGUUGGACCAACUGGCCUGUUGGUCCUAUGGACCGGUUGGACCAACUUGCAUAAUGUUCCAAUGGACCGGUUGGACCAACUGGCCUGUUGGCCGAAUGGACCGGUUGGACCAACUGGCCUGUUGGUCCUAUGGACCGGUUGGACCAACUGGCAUGUUGAUCCUAUGGACCGGUUGGACCAACUGGCCUGUUGGUCCUAUGGACCGGUUGGACCAACUGGCAUGUUGUUCCAAUGGACCUGUUGGACCAACUUGCGUGUUGGUCCUAUGGACCGGUUGGACCAACUUGCCUGUUGGUCCUAUGGACCGGUUGGACCAACUGGCCUGUUGGUCCUAUGGACCGGUUGGACCAACUGGCCUGUUGGUCCUAUGGACCGGUUGGACCAACUGGCCUGUUGGUCCUAUGGACCGGUUGGACCAACUGGCCUGUUGGUCCUAUGGACCGGUUGGACCAACUGGCCUGUUGGUCCUAUCGACCGAUUGGACCAACUGGCCUGUUGGUCCUAUGGACCGGUUGGACCAACUGGCCUGUUGGUCCUAUGGACCGGUUUGACCAACUGGCCUGUUGGUCCUAUGGACCGAUUGGACCAACUGGCCUGUUGGUCCUAUGGACCGAUUGGACCAACUGGCCUGUUGGCCGAAUGGACCGGUUGGACCAACUGGCCUGUUGGUCCUAUGGACCGGUGGACCAACUGGCCUGUUGGUCCUAUGGACCGGUUGGACCAACUGGCAUGUUGGUCCUAUGGACCGAUUGAACCAACUGGCCUUUUGGUCCUAUGGACCGGUUGGACCAACAGGCCUGUUGGUCCUAUGGACCGGUUGAACCAACUGGCCUGCUGGUCCUAUGGACCGGUUGGACCAACAGGCCUGUUGGUCCUAUGGACCGGUUGGACCAACUGGCAUGUUGGUCCUAUGGACCGGUUGGACCAACAGGCCUGUUGGUCCUAUGGACCGGCUGGACCAACAGGCCUGUUGGCCGAAUGGACCGGCUGGACCAACUGGCCUGUUGGCCGAAUGGACCGGUUGGACCAACUGGCCUGUUGGCCGAAUGGACCGGUUGGACCAACUGGCCUGUUGGUCCUAUGGACCGGUUGGACCAACUGGCAUGUUGAUCCUAUGGACCGGUUGGACCAACUGGCCUGUUGGUCCUAUGGACCGGUUGGACCAACUGGCAUGUUGUUCCAAUGGACCUGUUGGACCAACUUGCGUGUUGGUCCUAUGGACCGGUUGGACCAACUUGCCUGUUGGUCCUAUGGACCGGUUGGACCAACUGGCCUGUUGGUCCUAUGGACCGGUUGGACCAACUGGCCUGUUGGUCCUAUGGACCGGUUGGACCAACUCGCCUGUUGGUCCUAUGGACCGGUUGGACCAACUGGCCUGCCUGUUGGUCCUAUGGACCGGUUGGACCAACUGGCCUGCUGGUCCUAUGGACCGGUUGGACCAACUGGCCUGUUGGUCCUAUGGACCGGUUGGACCAACUGGCAUGUUGAUCCUAUGGACCGGUUGGACCAACUGGCUUGUUGGUCCUAUGGACCGGUUGGACCAACUGGCAUGUUGUUCCAAUGGACCUGUUGGACCAACUUGCGUGUUGGUCCUAUGGAGCGGUUGGACCAACUUGCCUGUUGGUCCUAUGGACCGGUUGGACCAACUGGCCUGUUGGUCCUAUGGACCGGUUGGACCAACUGGCCUGUUGGUCCUAUCGACCGGUUGGACCAACUGGCCUGUUGGUCCUAUGGACCGGUUGGACCAACUGGCCUGUUGGUCCUAUGGACCGGUUGGACCAACUGGCCUGUUGGUCCUAUCGACCGAUUGGACCAACUGGCCUGUUGGUCAUAUGGACCGGUUGGACCAACUAGCCUGUUGGUCCUAUGGACCGGUUUGACCAACUGGCCUGUUGGUCCUAUGGACCGAUUGGACCAACUGGCCUGUUGGUCCUAUGGACCGAUUGGACCAACUGGCCUGUUGGCCGAAUGGACCGGUUGGACCAACUGGCCUGUUGGUCCUAUGGACCGGUGGACCAACUGGCCUGUUGGUCCUAUGGACCGGUUGGACCAACUGGCAUGUUGGUCCUAUGGACCGAUUGAACCAACUGGCCUUUUGGUCCUAUGGACCGGUUGGACCAACUGGCCUGCUGGUCCUAUGGACCGGUUGGACCAACUGGCCUGUUGGUCCUAUGGACCGGUUGGACCAACUUGCAUAAUGUUCCAAUGGACCUGUUGGACCAACUGGCCUGUUGGCCGAAUGGACCGGUUGGACCAACUGGCCUGUUGGCCGAAUGGACCGGUUGGACCAACUGGCCUGUUGGUCCUAUGGACCGGUUGGACCAACUGGCAUGUUGAUCCUAUGGACCGGUUGGACCAACUGGCCUGUUGGUCCUAUGGACCGGUUGGACCAACUGGCAUGUUGUUCCAAUGGACCUGUUGGACCAACUUGCGUGUUGGUCCUAUGGACCGGUUGGACCAACUUGCCUGUUGGUCCUAUGGACCGGUUGGACCAACUGGCCUGUUGGUCCUAUGGACCGGUUGGACCAACUGGCCUGUUGGUCCUAUGGACCGGUUGGACCAACUGGCCUGUUGGUCCUAUGGACCGGUUGGACCAACUGGCCUGUUGGUCCUAUGGACCGGUUGGACCAACUGGCCUGUUGGUCCUAUCGACCGAUUGGACCAACUGGCCUGUUGGUCCUAUGGACUGGUUGGACCAACUGGCCUGUUGGUCCUAUGGACCGGUUUGACCAACUGGCCUGUUGGUCCUAUGGACCGAUUGGACCAACUGGCCUGUUGGUCCUAUGGACCGAUUGGACCAACUGGCCUGUUGGCCGAAUGGACCGGUUGGACCAACUGGCCUGUUGGUCCUAUGGACCGGUGGACCAACUGGCCUGUUGGUCCUAUGGACCGGUUGGACCAACUGGCAUGUUGGUCCUAUGGACCGAUUGAACCAACUGGCCUUUUGGUCCUAUGGACCGGUUGGACCAACAGGCCUGUUGGUCCUAUGGACCGGUUGGACCAACUGGCCUGCUGGUCCUAUGGACCGGUUGGACCAACUGGCCUGUUGGUCCUAUGGACCGGUUGGACCAACUUGCAUAAUGUUCCAAUGGACCUGUUGGACCAACUGGCCUGUUGGCCGAAUGGACCGGUUGGACCAACUGGCCUGUUGGCCGAAUGGACCGGUUGGACCAACUGGCCUGUUGGUCCUAUGGACCGGUUGGACCAACUGGCAUGUUGA